AUGAAUUCCGAGCAAAUCCUUCACGUCGUCUUUGAAGUUCUUGGUGCUAUCGUCUCCCUCGUCAUGUUUCUGGCGCCCUUGCCAAGCUUUAACGAGAUUCGCAAGAAAAAAUCAACAGAAGGGUUGGAAUGGGCACCUCAUGUGAUCUCGUUGUUCAAAACAACAUUCUUCCUCUAUUAUGCCAUUUUAAAGGCUAAAGGAGGACAGGUUUCAAGGAUAGUUCAAGUGAUUUGCAUGGAAGUCAUUUCAGGUUCUAUAAUUGGUCUGACAAUAUCACAGAUUCAUGGAGUUCAUGAGCGGCGCAAGUUUGUUGGUUGGCUUUCCGCCGCAUUCAACAUUUGUGGACUUGGAAUACCCUGUUACAACAUGGGUAGGAGGUCUCCUCGGGACCACCACCACCAACGAUAUGAUGGGGCUGGGGUGGAGGUCGGUCGUAGGGACCCCAACUCCCGCUGCCUCCUCCCCACAAUACAGGCCGUGACAAAAAAUGUGGAAUAUUCGAUUUCACGUAGUUCGUCAUUGAUCUUCACCGUGAAUGCAAUAAUUUGGUUGUGCAAUGGGGUGCUGCUUAAAGACGUCAUAAUCGCAGGUUAUUGA